UCCACCCGCUGUUUAGAGGCGAAGAGAUCAUCCUCAGUUGUUUCUACCCUUUCUUUUAUGUUGUAUUUGCUCUGCCAUCGCAAUGCUGACAUUAAUUAACCCUACUGUCGCAUUGGAGGGAGCAGUUGACCUCGUUGCAGCUGCUGCUCAUAUCUUAUCUAUAAAAGUAGACAUGGUUCUCUUAAGCAUUCCAUGAUCACCCCAGGACGUACGUGCGUCGACCAUGGAAGGAGAGACGGAGAUUGGGGAAACCAGUGUGGCGUUGCUGACGAAUGGGGAGGUGAAGGACGGGCCGGGAUUAGCGAGGAGGGCGUGGACGGAGUUGAAGAAGCUGUGGGCGAUCGUCGGCCCGUCCAUGAUCGGUAGACUUGCCUUGCAGACCAUGUCCGUCAUCACGCAAGCCUACGCUGGGCAUAUCGGUGACCUCGAGCUUGCUUCCUUCGCCAUUGCCUUUACUGUCGUCGCAUUUUUGGCCUUCGGCUUACUGCUUGGCAUGGCCAGUGCGUUGGACACUUUAUGCGGGCAAGCCUUCGGAGCCAAGCGGUACCACAUGCUGGGGGUGUACAUGCAGCGAUCGAUGGUGGUGCUCUUCCUUUGCGCCCUCCUGCUCCUGCCCUUGUACAUCUUCGCCACCCCGUUACUGGAGUUACUGGGGCAGUCCAAGGAAAUCGCACGGGAAGCCGGAUAUCUCUCCUUGUGGCUGCUUCCUCUCCACUUCUCCUUUGCAAUUCUGUUCCCGCUGCAGAGGUUCCUCCAGUGCCAGCUCAAGAACUCCGUCAACGCCGCCUUCACCGUCCUCGCUCUCCUCGUCCACAUCUUCAUCAGUUGGCUAUUCCUGGGGAAGCUUCAGCUCGGGUUGACGGCGGCGGCGCUGACGCUCGACUUCUCUUGGUGGAUGGCGGUGGCGGGUCAGUUUCUGUACGUCGUCUGUGGGGGAUGUCCUCGAACUUGGAAGGGAUUCUCCUUCGAAGCAAUGGCCGGGCUGUGGGAGUACCUCAAACUGUCAGCCUCAUCUGGUGUCAUGCUAUGCUUGGAGAUUUGGUAUUACAGGGUACUUGUUCUACUGGCAGGCAACCUAAAGAACGCCGAAAUAGCAGUGGAUGCUCUGUCAGUGUGCAUGAACAUAAAUUCCUGGGAGAUGAUGAUUCCAUUAGCUUUCUUUGCUGGCACAGGAGUUCGGGUAGCUAAUGAGCUUGGAGCAGGCAAUGGAAAGGGAGCAAGGUUUGCCACCAUCGUCUCUGUCACGACAUCUGCAGCCAUAGGCCUCAUCUUCUGGUCCCUAAUCAUUGGUUUCCACGACAAGAUAGCUCUCAUCUUCUCGUCGAGUUCGGUUGUGCUUGAAGCCGUUGACAGGCUCAGUAUCCUAUUGGCAUUCACCGUUCUUCUCAACAGUGUUCAACCAGUUAUCUCCGGUGUUGCUGUUGGGUCAGGGUGGCAAGCAAUGGCGGCGUACGUAAACAUAGGUUCAUACUACUUCAUUGGAAUCCCCAUUGGGAUCUUUCUAGGAUGGAUUCUUAAACUUGGCGUACUGGGGAUAUGGGCUGGAAUGAUUGGUGGAACAGGCAUUCAGACAUUGAUAUUGACCAUUCUGACCAUUCGGUGUGACUGGGAUAGAGAGGCAAUCAUAGCAAGGAAGCGUGUGGAGAAAUGGUCAGUUCCAGACGAAGAAGAAGAAGCUAAAUUCUCGAACCAGACAGGUUGCUUUGGGCAGAAAGAUGAACUCAAUUAUGAUGGCCAGUGAUUUAUGGAGCAAGUUACAUUUACUUGGGAAUAAGCAGCAAAUGAAGGGAAGGAAUAAGCUGUAUGCACUUCAAAACAAUUAGCUCUUGCAUACUAAGCUCUGGCAAUGUGCUAAAACAUUGAAAGGAACAGCUCCGGAAGUAUAGCUCUUUCCUUGGCUCGAAUCUUGUAUUCUUGCAGAUAAUAUGACAGGAGAGUUUCUAUACCUUAAAGUGGAUAUAAUGAUUAAGGCAAGUGAGCAAUUGCAUGCAGCUUUGCCAUGUUGCCAAGUUCUCCUCGUUCGAAGAGACUUGAUCCACUGUAGAAAGAAGCAAUUCACACAACAGUGAAAAGGAACCAUUGACACUGUGGAAGAGAUAGAAGGGUGAUGUGAAUGGAGACGAGAGAGGGCACGUAACACGAACGUGACUCGGGUUGAGAGCGGUCAGGUGAGAGGGAGACAGCACACGUGCGAAC